UUUAGAUGACGCUGUGGUAUCAAUCAGCUGAUAUUCGUACAUGUAAAUUCACGCGUGCAUCCCAGAUGUAAAACUUGCCGAAAUAAAACGAAACUCUAAUUAUUAUCCAACUUCUGUCUGCGGAAUGCCCUGAUUUUUAAUAUAAAAUUGUAAAAUUUGAUAACUUAGAGAAAUUUUUUACGAACUACGGUAAUUUACGAUAUAUACACAACAAUGUUCGUUAAUCGCUCGCUCGAAGCCGUGAGUUUCAACUCGCAACUGUCCACUACGAAAUCGCAACAAUCUGCUAACGUUCAAACAACAGAAAUUGUUUAUAAUCAAAGCCCUGUGCAAACCGUUGAAACAAGAACUGUCGAGACUCAAACCGUGACUGAAGAAAAGAAGAAACCCGAGGUGAACUAUAAAAGGCUAGCUCAAUUUUUGAACAGAGUUACGCCAAGUAUAUUAGAAGUAUUAGACGAAUCCUAUGGAACCAACGCGUUUGAAGAUUACGAGCCCAAGACUGAUGAUGAUUCACUCACAAGCACACAAUUCCUGCAAAAGAUUAAUAAAGUCGAAUCAGAUUCUCAGAUAAAAGUCAGUGAUAUAAGUUGGAGCAUUGGAGGUGGAACAUUAGCAGUUUCUUAUGGUAUUCCUUAUCAUGAAACAUGGUGUGACCAUCUGUCCAAAAUACAAUUGUACAAUCAAACAAAAGAGGGUAUUUUCACGGAUAAUCCAAAUAAAACAUUGGAGACAAAUGCCUGCAUAACGACAUUGGCUUAUCAUCCAACUGAACCGUCCAUUAUAGCCGUUGGCUUGUUCAAUGGUGAUGUUCUUGUAUGGAACUUAAGAGAUGACAUAUCAGUGGCACCAACAACAGUUUGCACUCACGGAGAUUGUGUAUCUCAAGUGUACUGGAAAGCAAGAACAAUAAACGACGUGUCAUUACUAGUGAGCUCUAGCAAAGAUGGAUACAUCUUUAUGCACAAAAUGGUGGCUAACUUUACAAUUGCACGUGUAUAUAAACGACUGAAAGUAAUCAAAGAGCACAAUCCAAUAGAGAACUCAAGGCCACGUAGCGCAAGUGGAACACGCGAACGCGUUGCGGAAUGCGGAUUGUGCAUUACCACCUUUGAUUUUUCGUCGAGAGAUCCAAUAUUCUUUAUCGUGGGUACCUUAUGCGGUGGAAUAUAUAAAUGUAGUUUAGAUCGCGUUGCUCCGAUUGAAAACGAUGAAACUCUAAUGGAUCCUGUAAUAGACGAGUAUGAGAGACACGAAGGUAGCAUUACGUGCAUAAAAUGUUCGCCGAUACGUUCACUUUUUGUUACUGCUGGUACCGACAAAGAAAUUCGCAUAUAUGAUUUUGAAGAGCACACGAACUUACGAUCGAUUUCCUGUGAAAAUACAAUCGUGGGUUUAACGUGGAUGUUCGGAGAUCAAGAUAUUUUGGCAGCUUACGGUGCUGGCUCGGAUAUCAGAUUAUACAAUGUCACUAAUGGAAAAUCCGUGACAAAUGCAAAUUUUGAAACGAGCGAUAGACAAAACACUAGCUGCUUACGCGUGAAUUUAAAGAAAAAUAUGGUGGCCAUUGGUGACACACAGGGAAAUAUAGAAAUUUGGAAAAUCCCAAGACAACUGUUGUAAGAAUCUUAAAUAACACGCGCUAUAAAUACGUAUUAUUUAUGCACUGUAUUACUAAUAUUAUUAUCUUGCAAUCCACGUAUAUAUUUAUUGUAUGACGAAAUACAUUACUUUUUAUAAAUA